ACACGUUAUUUAUGGCACCACUUAGUGCUCACAUCCCUGUGCUCUCACAUCCCUUUCCGUUUCAGUCACACAACUAAUUGCAAUCAAAUCAUUGUUUGCAUCCAUUUGUGUCCAUUUCUCAAGAUUACGGCCACGAGUGACACUCCAUAGCCAUGCAGGACGACCAGGGUGAGACUGUCGACCUAUACAUCCCCAGGAAAUGUUCGGCGUCCAAUCGGAUCAUUCACGCCAAAGACCACGCGUCCAUUCAAAUCAAUUUGGCAGAAGUGGAUGAGUCGACCGGAAGAGUCACUUCCAACCACACGGCUUAUGCCAUCUGUGGUGCCCUCCGAAGAAUGGUUUACCACGCGUCCAUUCAAAUCAAUUUGGCAGAAGUGGAUGAGUCGACCGGAAGAGUCACUUCCAACCACACGGCUUAUGCCAUCUGUGGUGCCCUCCGAAGAAUGGGCGAAUCCGAUGACUGUAUCAAUAGAUUGGCGAAGAAGGACAGCAUUUUACCCAAGAACUUCUGAUCAAUAAAAUGUUGUCUUUAUUUGUCAUUCAUUAUGAAAUAAAAUUAAUAAAAAAUGUUUAAUUAAA